AUGGGCACUGGAGAUUCAAAAAAUGCUUUGUUGGAAGGGAAGAGAAAAGCUUCAUCGCCACAGACUCUAGUUGCAAAGAGGUUAAAACUGUCUGGAAGUAGUGCGUCUAGUGUACAGACUACUCAAACAUCUUCAGGUCUUCGUCCUCAUUGGAAAUGCUUCACAUGUUCUAACAAAGAUUUAACUAGGACGACCAUCACUGACAGAAGCAGUCCUAAUUUUGGACGGGUAUACUUUGCCUGUUUUAACAAGAACUGUUCUAAGGAGAAACCCUUCUUAUUUUGGGCACCAAUUUCUAACACAUCUAAAGAAAUCACCCAAGUUCAAGGAUCUGUACAGAGUUCUCAGCAGGGUUCUAAAGGUACAGUAUGUUGAAGAAUGGCCAAUUAAGUGAUUCUUCAAAAUUUAAUUUUACAAAAUUUUGCUUUCUUUUUUCUCAUUGUUUUAUGGAAUAGUAAAAGAUGAUGUCUUUGAAAGAUUUUGUUGAAACAAUGUUCUCUAUUACUAAGCUGUAAAAACAACUGUGAGAAAAAAAAUUGCAAAAUUUCGUACAUUUGCCUCUGGAACAGAUUCUCGUGGUUACACCACACACGUUACACAUGUGGUGAGAGUGAUUUUUCUUAAAGGCUGAACAUAAGGUUUGUAAUUAUUCUUACUUUUUUGUUGAGUUUUGUAAUGUAAAAUGGUCAAGAGGUUCACAGGAUACUCCUAACGUAAUGGGAACCACAGCCCUUUCAAGGGUUUUAUUAGUCCUUCUGAGGACUUUGUCUGCAUUUUGGUGAUGUGGCCAGUGGUGUUCAGAGAUGCUGUUCCUGCUUGCUGGAGGCAGGAGGCCACUCUUGCCUUUUCUGCAAGAAAGUGGUGCACGCCAUAAUGCCAUGUUCAGCUCCUGCACCUCGGCAAGAAGAGGGGUAUGGCCAGAAGCGCAUUUGUCGCAGUUGCCAUGAUUCUGCAAACAAAGUGGGUAGCAAGGCGAAGAAAAGUGUAGUGAAAACACCCAGAGAGCUUACAACAGAUGACCUUGAAAAUGCUCUGGAGCUGUUCAGAAAACAGUUUCCUGAGGUGGCUGGGUUUCAGUCACCCGCCCCUGGUUUAUACCCCUACGAACCUACCAUGAAUGGCAAUGUCGACACAGUUCAAAUUUUAUAUGACAAAGAAAGGGAGCAUUGGGUUGCUGUAAUAAUUAGGAGCACAACAAGUGAUGGCCCCAAAAUUUAUGUAUAUGACAGCUUGCAGCGAAGCAAUGGUGUCGCUCAUCUGACACCAUCAUUGAAAUUGGCCAUCGCUGAGUUAGUCCCAACAAAGGGACCAACAAUAAGUGUUACCUACCCAGCCUGUCAGCAGCAAAAAGACAAAAGUAGUUGCGGAUACUUUGCAGUUGCCAAUGCACUGGACUUUUGCCAAAACCGAAGAAUCCAAUGCAAAGUAUUCAAGUCAUCUCUUUUGGAGAGCCAUUUUGACAGCUGUGUGGAAAAGAAAUUACUAUCAUCAUUCCCGGUUGACAGGUCAUUGUUUAGAUCGCCUGGAAGAACGAGCUUCAAAGAGGUUUUUGGAGUGUACUGUGUAUGCCGUAUGCCUGAAGAUUAUGAUGUCGCAACUGUGGAAUGUGAAUCAUGCAAUGAGUGGUUCCACUUUAAGUGUGUCGGUCUACUGGCAGCACCUGACACUUGGGUUUGUGCUACAUGUAGGGCUGAAGACCCAACUUCUGUGAUGAUAGUAGAAUAAUCUGUACUCUCUUUUUCAGGCCAGUAAGUAAUUUUGCCUUGUUAUAUGAAGAUGUCUUUAUGUUUUUAUCAUGUUACCAUGUUACCCAAAAAAACCAGCAGCCCACGUAAACCUCAGAUUGCUCAGGUAAAGUUAGGUGUGCCCGUUUCAUUUGUGCCCUACUAACAUUGCCUUAGAAGGUGUCGGUAAUCUUGGAUUACCUUAUAAAAUAUUAUAGUUCAUGAGAACAAUUUGCAAAGUUUCUUUAUUGCAAUUCACUUUAGAUUAUUACAAUUCACUUUAGAUUGCUCCAUGCCAUAGCAGUGUAAAGCAGACUUAAAGAAAGACAAGACUAAAUUCCAAUUCAGAUAAAAAUUCAAAAAUUUCCAAGAUAAAAACUUAAAAACCAGAGAUGAAAAUCAAUGUGGCCCACAAGUUGGAACAUGGCUCAGAUCCAUGACUCCAAAAGUUACGUUUUAAGCUUUUGGCCCACCUAAAAUUACCAAGGCGGUCUUAGGCUUACUUAGGCUGCGGCCUUUUCCAGUAACAUCUUAAUGUUUUCUCAUUUAUGACAAGUUUGUACCUUACUUUUUAUUGGUUUCUUCUUAUUUUUGACUAUUCUCUGUGUCAGGUAAUCAGUUUUUUUUUGUGUGUUUUUUUAAUCUAAUUUUUUCUAGGCAUAGACAUUGCUUUGGAAUUUACCUUUUUUUCAAUCCUCACCUGGUUUUACAGUUUUGAAGAUUUAAAAGGAAUUGAAGGUCUCUUUUAGGCUUUAAGGUUUUUACCAUAUACACUUUAUUCUAAUAACUGUUUCGGAAGUGUUUAUGUGGCUAAUAUUUGUCUCCUGGAUUUAGGUUGAUUGUCUAAUCUUUCCUUCCAGAAUGUAUGUACGGGUAGAUCAC